CUGAAGAGCUAAGACGAUUUUGCAGAAUAAAAACAAUGAAUUUGUAUUAGUAAAGAAGAUAAGCAACAAAUUGGAAGCAAAUUCUGGUUGCAAGAAUAGUUAUUUGCAAGUUUCAUCAACAGUCAGAUACUGAAAGUAUGAGAGGCAGAUAGAAGGUAUAGUUUUCUCAAAGAAAUAAUCAAUGAAGGUGAGAAACUGAAGAAUUUUAAGGAUGACAGUUUGGCACCGCCUCCUUAGCGGUACCCUGCACAAUAGACUGUGUCAUGUUUCAAAGGGGACCAGAAGUGCUGGACUGGGUCUGUCAUGGAGUUGUCUGCAGAAAAUUUACAGGGAAAGACAAUUGUGUACAUUAGCUACUGAAGAAGUUAACUUACCAAAGCAGGCAAGAGUUGUAGUAUGUGGUGGUGGUGUGAUUGGUACGUCUGUAGCUUACCACCUGUCUCUCAGAGGCUGGAACGAUGUUGUUGUACUGGAACAGGGGCAGUUAGGUUGUGGAACUACCUGGCAUUCUGUAGGGCUGGUAGCUGUAGGUAAAGAUGAUCCUGAGAUGAUGAAACUUCUUCAAUACAGUAGAAACUUGUAUGAUGGCUUUGAACAAGAAGAAGAUGGUGGCAUAGGUUGGAAAAAGGUUGGAAGUAUUGAAGUUGCUCAAACUAAAGACAGAUUGAUCUCACUAAAACGAAAGAUUGCCAUGCUGCAGACAGUUAAUGAGGAGGCUCAUUUAUUGCUGCCUAAAGAUGUCAAGGACAUGUGCCCUCACAUUAAAUAUACAGAUUUACAGGGUGCUUUAUGGAUGCCCAAUGAUGGGGUAUGUACAGCUACAGAUCUUGUCUCCAUCUUUGCCAGGAAAGCUAAGCAAAAUGGUGUAAAAAUAGCUGAGGGUGUGUCAGUGAACAAAGUUCUAACAAAGGAUGACGCUGUUCAUACUGUAGAAACUAGUCACGGAAAUAUACAAUGUGAAUAUUUCAUCAACUGUGCUGGACAGUGGGCAAGAGAGUUAGGGAAGAAAACAGUGCCAAAAGUUCGAGUCCCGGUGCAUUCCUGUGAACAUUACUAUAUAGUCACUCAGCCUAUCCCUGGAAUGGAUACAAACUUACCAGUGAUACGAGACCCUGAUGGUCAUUGUUAUUUCCGAGAAUGGAACGGUGGUGUAAUGGCUGGAGGAUUUGAACCACCAGAGCACGGUGGUAAACCGGUCUUCCAUAAAGGAAUUCCACCAAAGUUUGAAUUCCAACUGCUUCCAGAAGACUGGGACCAAUUCCAUGUUUUGUUAGAGGGAAUAUUAAAUCGUAUGCCACAGUUGAAUGAUGCUCAAAUUCGCCAGCUUACGAACGGUCCGGAGAGUUUCACACCAGAUCAGAACUGGAUUCUUGGAGAAUCUUCAGAGGUAUAUAACUACUAUGUGGCGGCUGGCAUGCAUUCUAGAGGUAUACAGGGGGCCGGUGGUGUAGGGAAAUAUUUGUCAGAACUUAUUAUUGAUGGAUAUGGAAGUCUUACCAAUCUAUGGCCAUGUGAUAUACAGAGAUUUGUACCCCAUCAUAGCAACAAGAAGUUCCUUAGAGACCGGGUGAAAGAAACAAUCGCUUUAUAUCACCUGAAAUACUCGUACAAUCAGUUCUCCAGUGGUAGAAAUCUGCGCUCCUCACCUAUUCAUACCCAAUUGAAGGUUUCUGGGGCUAAGUUUGGAGAAACCAAUGCUUAUGAAAGAGCCAUGUGGUUUGUACCAGACAGUGAUGAUGAUGUUGAAGAGUUUAUAGAUGCCAGUGAAAUGGCAAAAGGAACAUUUGGGAAGCCUGGUUGGUUCAAUGCUGUCAAGUUAGAAUAUCAGGCAUGUAAGGAACGUGUGUGUCUUGUGGACAUGUCUUCCUUUACCAAGAUUGAAAUAAAGUCAAAGGGGACAGAAGCACUAGAGUUUCUACAGUACAUGUGUAGUAACGAUAUAGGUCAAGGUAUUGGUACUGUGAUACAUACAGGCAUGUUGAAUAAACAAGGUGGCUACGAGAAUGACUGUAGUAUAGUGCCGCUCCGAGAUAACACCACUCAUACAUUCAGUUUCUUCCUAAUUGCGCCAACCACCCAGCAGACCAGGUGCAUGUUCUGGCUUCAAAAGCAUUUGCCCAAAGAUGGUUCUGUCCAGGUGCGGGAUGUCACGUCCAUGUACUCUGGCCUAAAUCUGAUUGGUCCCCAUGCCGAGCAGUUGCUAAAUGAUGUAACAGAUACGUCUACAAGGAAACAUGACUUUAAACCUAUGACUUGCCAAGUGAUAGAUGUUGGUUAUGCCAGUAAUAUAAUUACGAUGAGAUUGACACAUUGUGGAGAAGAUGGCUUUGUCAUGUAUAUACCAUCAGAGUAUGCAUUACACGUGUACGAGAUGUUGAUGAAAACAGGAAAGGAUUAUGGUAUAAGAAACGCAGGCUACAUGGCACUCCGCCACUUGCGUAUAGAGAAAUUAUUUGCGUACUGGGGGACAGACAUGGAUCCUAUGACCACACCUUACGAGACAGGAAGAGAUUUCAGAGUUAGCCUUGAUCGUAAGGAUUUUAUUGGCAAGGAAGCAUUGCUUAAACAGAAGGAGUUCGGAAUCAGUAAAAAGUUCUGCCAACUGUUGUUAGAGAACUUCGACACUGAUGCAGAAGUCUGGCCUUCAGGGAAAGAGCCAAUUUACAGAAAUGGUAAACUAGUCGGACUUACAACGUCAAGUGCAUAUGGGUUCACGCUUGAUCGAUUUGUUUGCUUAGGUUAUAUUAAUCAUUUAGACGAUAAUGGCAAACCUGUGAUAACGAAAAGAAUCCAUGAUUAUAUUAAGGACCCGACAGCAAGGUAUGAAAUUGAUGUCGCGGGAACAAGAUAUCCGGUGCAGGUAGGAAUUUACACGCCAAAGAAAGCUUACAAGGCUUCUGAUAAACCAACCUUUAUUCCGGUCCCAGGAACGUAAGAAGGAAUUUUGGAGACUGGAAACUUAAUUUAACAUUUGAAAGGAUUGUUUUUAUUGGUGUUCCCUUAAAGUACAGUUUGACCCUUUUUUCACAAGUAAGAAAAAUUAUAGUAGAGGCAGAAAUAUUUUCCUUAUUGUUUUGUUUGCUGACCUUUUUUUCAGAAAUGGAAUAAUUGUGAUUAACUAUUAAGUAAAAAAAGUAUGUUCUGGUUUCUUUUAAGAUUCGUAAAGACUUUGGUAAAACUUUGGAAAAAUGCCAAGUUUCUUCAUAAAAAAAAGCUGUAUGGAGAUGUC